AUAAUUUUAAACUUCAAUUGUUUGUCAAAAUGAGUAAGAGAUUCAUUUUCACUCCAUCCUUUCAUUCGCAAUGACUCACUUAGGCAACAUUUUUCCUGUUAAUUGAAAAAAAUUGUAAUAUAUCAUUACUACACUAAUUAUUGAAUGUGUUUUAAAGGAAACUUAUCAUAGCCCAAAGCUAACAACAGUACCAUACUUGUAUAAAGUUCUAGCUUUAGCGCAUACACACUCUAAUUUUACUUAGUUUAAUAACCUAUUCAAUAAAUCAAAAUGUAUCAACAUAAUUACAUCGAUUCCUUCAAAUAUUAUGCUCAAAGUAUUUUCAUUAAGUUUUUACGCAUUUUAAGUAACGAGGGUUAAAUUAUUUCAAUUAAAUAUGAUACUGUUGGUAUAGUGAUUAACACAUCUUUGCUAUCACAGUAUUUAAUUGAUUGUUAAGAAACAUUAAGAAUUUAAAUUUUUUUUGCAUAUGGAAAUUUUUCCAUAUCUUUAAGAUCUAUUAAAAAUAUCAUUAUUUAUCUAUUUACAUAUUUCUUGCUCAUUUUAAAUUAACUAAAGGCAAACCUCCUUAUUAAAAUUCCAUCCACAUUUCUGAAAAUAAUGAUACUUUUUAUUCCUAAUUGUUACAGAAUAAACAAUAUAAUAAUUAAGUGUAAAUAAAUAAAUUACAAUCAGAAUCUCUAUUAUUUCAAGAUUACUUUUAGAACAGCCAAAUGCAUUAAUGAUAGUACUUAUUAUCCUGCUAAAACAUAAAUCACAGCUUUACUUUAAUUAAAUCUCAAGGCUAGAUGCAAUGGAGUCCAUUUCUCUUUAUCAAAUUCAUUUUGGUUUUCAUAUUUAAGUAAAUCUUUGUCAAUUUUUUGGCAAUUCAACAUCCUUUUGUAAAUGCUAAAACACAUGAUGCAAAAGAUACUUCUCCUUUGGUUUUCUUCCUUUCAUAUUUUGACAAUUGUUACCGCGAAAUCGAUAAUUAAUAUCACUUAAUCUAUAUUCUGUAUUAACAGGCUUAAUAUUCUCUAUUUAAUAUACUUUUUUUCAUUUAUAUAAAUAUGCAAUUAAUAAUCUUAACAAUAGUAAUUGCAAUUUAUUUAUUAAAUGUUAAUUUAUUUUAUCUCUUUGCUCAGUAUUAUUAAUUGCCAAUGUAUUGAGAAUGCAUAUUUGUAAAUUCCUAAUUCAGUACGCAAAUAAUAAUCUGAAACUGAUGUUAUUAAAAGAUUGGAAGGAGAAUACAUAAUUGAUAUGGUGAGGAUUUCAAAAUAAAUGAUAAAUCAAAAAUACAAAUACUUUAAUCCUAAUUGA